GGAAGAUGGCCCGCCAAGCAACCUGCUCGUCGCCGAUCGUCUGAAAAUGCUUCGAGACCAUCAGUCUGCGUGGCGUGAUCUUAAUUGGACGUCUGAAAAGAUAAUACCGAUGAUGCAAGGAGGCCUCUGGGAAUUGUACGGGGGAGUGCUGGCACAGUCAAGCAUGCCACGAGACGUACUCCACUUCACUCGAUUACCAUCCCAGAUUAAGGGCAUCGAAGAGAAGCAGUGGGAAGUGCAGCUGCCUGUGCCAAUCCGUGACUUUGCAAUGGAUCCUUCCCAGGACCUGCUUAUUGCUAUUGGAACACCGAAUGACAAUGGCCUCUACCGGGUACAUGUUCUCGAGCUCUCCUCUGGUCAAAAGCACCCAAACACGACGAGCUCUGGCGUCAUAGACCACUCAGCUGGUGGCAUGGAUUUCUCAUUCGCCAUCCAAAUCGCGGGCUUGUUCAUAGGGGUCAUGUUCAUCAGUCAUGGGGUGCAUGAAAACCAGUUACUGAUAUGGAACUGGAAAACUGGUAUAACUGAGCUGUCACUCCACGGCCGAGAAAUCAGCUCUUUCGGCUUCUUGACCGACCAUCAUGUCUUGUUGGCUGUGGUCGACAACCCACUCAUUGACCCCGAUGAGGAAGGGUUCUCCAAGCCACCUCUCGUGGUGGUAGAUUUCACGGCACGCUCCAAGGAACCCACAAGCCUAAAAAAUCUGGAAUACGAGUGUGCUUUCGAUUUCCCGCCCAUGCUACCUACGGCCAGCGUCAUCGCAGCCUUUGUGCGCUCCGACCCCGCACCCAACUGGACUCCCAGCCCCGAACUCAAAGUGCCGUUUUACACUGCCCGGAGAGACCGGCUUUUCGUAAUUACCAUAUGGGUGGCUGAAGGCGCCGAUAUCACUGCUCUACUUCUACUCGUUCCAACUUCGACCAUCGUUGCCAAGCUUAACUCUCUGCCUUCCGAUGAACGUGGGCGGUGCUUCGAAUGGGAGGAUUGGGGACCAGCAGGGGCGCAUCUGCGUCAGGCCCCUCACGAGCACUCCAUGGUAUGGGUCUGUUUUGUCUUCGGCUCGUCCUUCAUCGCGCCGUUCAGACCCGGCGACCCCGAAGCACUGCUACCGCCUGCUGGGUCCAAGAUGGUGCAGAUCCUCGACUUUAACCAACUAACAAUCAAGCGGCUAGUCGCCGAGAGUGUUGCAGUCGAGAGCGAAGUCUCGCACGUAAUAGCGAGACCGUCUACUCUUAUUCUCAAUAGGAUCUUCUCGAGCCGAGUUGUCACAUCUCUUCCCUAUCGACGGCUAACGAAGAAGGUCCCUCGUCACCUGAUACGCCCGUUUGGUUCUGCUAUGCUCAGUGAAGAUGCUAUCAUCACCGUGGCCAGCUCUCCGGCCGUCCGGCAGUAUCGCGUCUUGUCCUUCUGAGUCGGUUGACGUAAAACAAUUCCACGCAGCUGAGGGCAUCGGAUCGCAUGUAGGGCUCAUGCUGGGUGCAUAGCGCCCGCUUGUGAUGAGACCAGCGGGAAGCUGGUCUCAGCAGAGGGGGACAUGCGGAACAAC